AUGGCGGGAGGGGCCGUGGACCAGUCGCUGCUCGACCUGCUGCCCCAGAUCCAUGCCCUCUUCUCCGACCCGCUUCGCGUGAUUUCGUACAAAUGGCUUAGUCGGAACUUUUCUGUCUCAUCAAAUGAUGCCAAGAGGUUGCUUCAGGAAAUUUUCAACAAACAUGGAACCGGCCUCCAAGUGAUUUACAGUGUGUCGGGGUGGUUGAAGAACAAUCCCCAAAGUUAUUGUGUAAAGCUCAUUUCAGGCCCAAAACUUGAAGAAGCAAGGCAAGGUUUCAAAGAUUCUUGUUCGGUCCAGAUCUACAGUAUCCAGGCCUGUAUUCCAAAAGAUACAGCUGUACUUUGGAAUCCUGAAUUUGUGCAGGCAGAGGAGCUUUUCAACCAGCCUUUUGAUGACGAGAACUGUUUGAGAGAUAAUAGGUUUUGUGGUGUUUUGAAUUCUUUUGUCAAGCGAACAUCCAAUGGGAAGCAUGUGAGUUCAUUGCCACCAAAGCUCUUAAAUAGUGCUGCAGCAGUCGCACAGUCUAAACCUAGUGUUACUCCAAAGGAGCAGUUUGUUACUGCUCGGCAGCAAGAUUUGCCUGUAAGUUCAAAGCAGGGAGCAGGCAAUAAGUCUGAGAAGGACAAUUCUACAGUAUUAGAUAAAGCUGGCAAUGCUCCUGUUGUCGAAGAACAAUCAAUUGAUGCCCAUGCAAGAAAAAGUAAAGCUCAAAAUGGAAAGGCCAUGCCUAGUAAUGGUGGAUCGCUGGCUAACAUGUGGGGCCGUGCAUCAGCAAAACCUAAGCCUCCAAGUACCACUAAUUCUACAGCUGUAGCAAGUGUUGCAGCUACUGCUGAUGCACAAAUAUGUGCAAAGGAAGAAGCAGAUGGAGAUAGCAGCGAUGAUGAACAGGGAAUAAAGUACAAGAGGGGAUCCACCAAUGCAAAUAACAAAAAGAGAAGAGCGGUAUUUGAUUUUUCAGAUGAUGAGGAAGACAACAAUAUUGUAAGCAUUGCAUCUCCUGAGCUAUCAAAACAGCAUACCCCAGACCCUGUUAUUGGAACUGCUGAAGACACUGAAGUAAAUCAAAAGAACUUGGAAAAUAAAGACGAUGUACCAAACAAUGAGAAAGGUUCCUCAAUGGGGGUGGAUUCUGACUUCACUGCUGAAUGUAAAAUCAAAACUGUCAAUACUAUGAACCAUUCUGGGAUUACUUUAAAAGAAAAGAGCAGUGAUCCUCCAAUCAAUGACAAGAAGCAGGAUUCUGCAGCUGAGCCUGCCUCCACCUCACCGAAGAGAAGAAAGGUUUUGAAGACACGCAUAGAUGAGAGGGGAAGGGAAGUUACCGAGGUUGUCUGGGAGGGUGAAGCAUCUGCAGAUGACAAGGCAGAGAAGAAUAUCAACACUACUGCUGCGACUGCGAGCGGGGUGACUCUCCCAAGCAAAUCAAAGCCAACAGCAAACACUGACAAAAGCAAAGCUCCAAGCAAAACAGCAGCAGGCAACAAGAAACCUGCGAAGGCUGGAACCAAGCAAGGGAGCAUUAUGUCAUUCUUCAAGAAAGCAUGA